AUGUCAACAGUAUUCAUCUCAGGUGCCAACGGAUACAUUGCCCAGCACAUCGUCAAGACAUUUUUGUCCAGAGGCCACAGGGUGGUGGGAUCAGUGAGAUCGGCUGCCAAGGGCCAGCAUUUAAAGAAGCUCUUCCAAUCUGACUUCGAGUACGCUGUGGUUCCCGAUAUCCAGAGCUCUGGAGCCUUCAGCUCGGUGUUUUCUCGCCACCCCAACAUCUCAGUGGUGAUCCAUUCUGCAGCGCCUUCGUACCACCAGGGCCCCAAGUUGCAAGAGUCCAUCAUCGACCCCAUGGUGAACGGCACCAACGCCCUCUUGGAAGCUGCUUGGGACCACGAACCAGUCCGCAAGUUCGUGUUGACGUCGUCCUACGGCACAAUGGGGAUGUCUCGCAUGUUGCAGCCAAAGAGUGCCCCCAACGAGACCAUCACUGAGGAGUCCUGGACCUACACCAACAAAGAGUCAGCUACUACCAAGGGCCCCAUGGUUGCCACCAUGUGUGGCAAGGUGUUUAGCGAGCAGGCAGCGUGGGAGUUUCUCAAGCGGGACAUGCCCCAGUUCGAACUUGCUUCCAUCAACCCAGCGUUCGUGUUUGGCCCCCAGGCGUUUGACUCCGAGGUCAAGCUGGUCAUGAACGGGAGUGUGGAGAUGCUCCACCAGUUUCUCAAGGGAAAGUCGAGCGAUAGGAUGCCCACAUUAGUUCCUGGCUCCUUUUAUGACGUCCGUGAUGUGGCAGAAGCCCACUACUUUGCUGCCACGUCCAACAAAGCCGAUUCCCAGAGAUUGCUCUUGGCCAAUGGCCAAUUUUCAUCCCAACAGAUAGCCAAUAUCUUGCGGGACAACUUUCCCCAGUUGAGAGACGUGGUUCCGGAGGGAAACCCCCAGAAGAUCCCCAAGGUCAAGUGUCCGUACGACGAUUCACACACGCGGGCGUUGUUCCAGCACGAGCCCAUUGGACUCGAGCAAUCGGUGGUCGAUACGGUAGCCCAGAUCAUUGCAGCCAAACAAGCGUAG